AUGGCGAUUGAGAUUAUCGAUUCAAAGGCUGCUGAGCCUGGAGUUGCAACCGCACACGAAGAAAAAAUCGAUGUCAAUCACCGAGAAGACAGUGUCGGCAACGAUAGUUUACAUGCCUAUGAGACCCGAAGCAUCGACCUGCGGACGGUCAUGGGCAUACUGGCCCUCGCCGUCACUUAUGAAGCCUGCUUAUUCUCCUUUGCACUGCCUGCAGCAAUUCUCCUUACUAUCAACGAAGAAGUCGGGCCAUCGAGCAACAUCGCCUGGGCGGCCACCUCAUGGUCACUUGCGAGUGCUGUCGUGAUGACCAUCGCCGGCCGAUGCAGCGAUAUCUUCGGACGAAGGAACUUUUUUGUCACUGGGAAUCUCUUGGGUAUCGUUGGUUGCGCGGUUGCCUGCAGAGCAACGAAUACAUCUAUGAUCAUACUCGGGAGCUCCUUCUUGGGACUUGCCACCGGCUGCCAGCAACUCGGCUUUGCAGCGGCCAACGAGAUUGUCCCAAAGAAAAAUCGUGGGCAGACCAUAGCAUUUAUGAGCCUCGUCUCGCUACCGGGAAGUUCUUUUGGCGCACCAAUCGCGUAUCAUCUUGUCGCUCAAGGCUCGUGGCGAUGGACAUACUAUGCUUCUCUGAUCCUCAAUGUCGUGGCCUUGAUUCUGAUCCUGGUCUUCUAUUGGCCCCCGGACUUUCUGGGUCUACACCCCCGAGGCAAAACCCAGCGCGAACAGUUUCUCGAAUUGGAUUUCGUGGGAUUGCUGCUCUUCGGUGGUGGAUUGACCGUAUUCCUCGUUGGAAUCGGGUUUGGUGGCAACCCGUACCCGUGGACCAGCGCCGUUGUUCUUGCUCCAACAAUCAUCGGCGGCCUCUCGGUCUUUGUGGCAUUUCCUCUGUGGGAGGUCUUCAGCCCCAGUACUAUAGCGAAGCUAUGUCCACCUCGACUUAUGUCCAACGUAAGAGCCGUCGUCGUACCACUAGGAGUCUCUUUCACUGGUGGUAUGGCUUUGACCAGUACGAUUGUUCUGUGGCCACAGCAGAUUCAACGCCUUUUCACCACAGUCCCACGAACGGUGGGCUGGUAUGGUCUGGCUACUAACGCUGCUGCAACCGGUAAGAACGCUCUGCCCCCUUCCCUCUCAAGCGAUGCUGACAAGCUGACUUUCGCGACCAUUCGGAAGACUAGAUACCAGUACAUCUCCGUUGUGGUCAUGAUGACCGUCUUUCUGGGAACGAUCGCAACAGUUGACCAGCACACUCCCUUCCGUGGUAUUGUGCUUGUCUCUCUCGCCUCUGCUAUGAUUGGUGCUACGAACUGCAUGAGUAUCCUCAUCGUGCAGCUUGGUGCCAGGGACGAGGACAUUGGUUUGGCAACUGGUCUGGUGAACUCUGUCCGGUCGGCUGGAGGGGCAGUUGGCGUCGCCAUCUUUUCGAGCUUGCUGGCAGACCGAGUAACAAGCACAUGGGCUAGAGACAUUGGGCGCACACUACUACAGGCUGGCCUACCAGCUACUUCACUUGCAGCGUUUCUAGCGGCACUACCACUAGGAAACUUUGGUUCGGUACCUGGUGCCACUUCAGCCAUUAUCAAACUCGCAUUGGAAGCCCAGAAGAGUGUCUACGUGAAUGCCUUCAGACUGAUUUACUGCGUCACUGUGGCCUUUGGAGGCGAGUCACAAUGGGAGAUUUUGUCUUCCAUUCAGAUCGAAGCUAAUUUUGAUACUAGGACUUGCAAUCAUCGGUGCACUAUUUGUUGCAAACGUAGAUGA